AUGAUUAAUUUAAGAACUUGGUCUGAGCUACGGUUAAGGUUAAGUACAAAUCAAACAAUUGAUAAAGAGUUACAAGAAGUUAUUAAAAGGGAUACCGAAAUUUGGAAAGAAGUAUUAGUAAGAAUAGUUGCUCUUGCUGAAUGUCUAGCAACAUAUAAUUUGCCAUUUCGUGGUACAAAUGAAAAGCUUAAUGAAAAAUCUAAUGGAAACUUUUUAGGAAUACUUCAAAUGAUUGCUAAGUUUGAUCCAGUAAUGAAAGAACAUUUUCGUAUAAUAGAAAACAAAGAAAUCCAGUAUCAUUAUCUUAGCCAUAAAAUUCAAAAUGAAUUGAUUGAAAUGAACACUGGACUUGAUAGAGCUAUUAUUGAAGCUAAAAAAAUUGCUGAAGUCAUUGAUAUUGAACCUGAAUUUAUUGUUAAACGUGUUUCGUAUAGGAAAAAACAAUUUGAUGAGAUUCCAAAUACCGAAAGAGAACAACAAUCUGCUAAAGAAAAUUUUAGAACCAAUUACUUUCUUGUUUUAGUUGAUAUGGCUCUUUCACAAAUAACUACUAGAUUUGAACAAAUGAAACAUUUUGAAUCUAUUUUUGGUUUCAUGUUUAAUGCAUCAAAGUUAUAUUAUUUAGAUGAUGAGCUAUUAAAAACAAGUUGUUUGAAUCUUGAAUUUGCUUUGACACACGAUAAAGAUUCUGAUAUUGAUGGAAAUGACUUGUUUACGGAGUUACAAAUAUUGUAG